CUGUCGUUUUCUUAUCUCAGCAAUAUGAAAUUUUUGGUUUGCUUCGUUUUGCUGGCGACAGCGACCUUGGCGGAGGAACAGGCAAAGAAGAAACGUGGUCUUGAACUAGGAGGAUUCGGUGAACACGGGGGACUCUCUCUUGGCGGCGACUUAGGCGGUAUUGGAGGAGGCUUCGGUGGAGGCUUAGGUGGGGGCUUGGAAAGCCACGGACACGUCAGCCACAUCACCCUCACAAAACAAAUCCCAGUACCCGUUCCCCACCCCUAUCCAGUACAUAUAGAGAAGAAGGUUCCCUACCCAGUGAAAUACGCAGUCGCUGUUAAGGUCGAUAAGCCAUACCCUGUUCAUGUAGCAAAACCAUACCCCGUCCCAGUCGACAAACCUUACCCAGUGAAGGUACUCAAGAGCUACCCAGUGCCAGUUAAGGUACCAUACAAGGUGCCAUACCCAGUUAAGGUACCAGUCCACAUCCCAAAACCAUACCCAGUCCCAGUGCAUAAGCCAGUGCCAGUACAUAUUCCAGAAAUCAACAUCGUGAAGAAACCAGUGCCUGUCAUCGUCCAUACCGGUCAUGAUGAAGGUCUAGGAGGUGGUCUUGGUGGUGGACUUGGAGGUGGUUUUGGAGGACAUGGAUUCAGUUCUGGUGGAUUCUCUUCCUUUGGAGGAGACUAUCAUCAUUAGGAAUCUUCAUUCUUCCGCCUCGUUACAAGCUAGCCUUAAAGUCAUGAAACGUAUUGAACGUGGUUGAGAUGCAGAUGAUGCAACUGCAUUUAUUGUUUUGGUAGCGUGUUUGUUUGCUAAACUCUAUCGUUCGUCGCUUUCUGCUUUUUAUUUUACAUAAUUAUAUCUGUGAUAUUCCGUUGUCAGCAGCAAACAAAUCAUGAGUUCCAAUUCAAUGACUAUCUUUUUCUCAUCACCUCUUUUAUACUUGUUAAAAUACUAAUAAAAAUAUUAUUCAAACC